CGGAACAUCAGUUGGAUCAUGCGCAUUCAUAAAUCUAACCUAAAAUUCCUGCAUUAUUUCCGUUUACGAAAUUUAAUAGUUAGACCUAGAGUCUGAUCUCUGAAAAUGUUUAAUAGUCCAUUUAGAUCUAGAUUUCAUUUAUUCUUUUAACCUUACGUUGUAUAGACUUUCUUGUCAAUGUAAAGACAGAAUGGAUCCCAAAAUUUCAAAGAAAACGCAAGAUACACUUGGCAAGAUUAUUAAAAAGCCACCUUUGACAGAAAAAUUACUUGGAAAACCACCUUUUCGUUUUCUACACGAUGUCACAACUUCCGUUAUCAAAACUACAGGUUUUAUGCAAGGAUUAUUUACUGAAGAUGAAAUGAAUUCUGAAAAUGUCAAGGAAAAAGAUGCAAAGAUAGCCUUUCUUCAAAAAGCCUUGGACAUGGUUUCUGCGGUGACUGGGAAAACACUCAGUGCUAAACCAAUCAAAAUAGUUGCUGGACAUGAACCUGAAAAAACAAAUGAGUUUCUCCAGGCAUUAGCAGAAGCUGUUAAUAAAAAUGUUGACAAUGAUGAAUAUGUCAGGAAAGUUUUAAAAACUGACAAAAAAGAUGAUAGGAAAGAAAGAUCAAAAGAAAAAGUAGAGAAAAAAGAAGUUGAGGAUACCAAAGAAAAAAAGGAAAUUAAUGGUAAGGACAUGGACAGAAGUAAAGAUAGAGAAAAAAGUAGAGACAGAGAAAAAGAUAAAGAAAGGCAUAAAGAUAGAGAAAAAGAAAAGUCCCAAGAUAAAGAAAAACAUAAAGACAGAGAAAAAGACACAAGAAGCAGUGAUAAAUCAAAAGAAAAAGAAGAAAGACCUAAAGACAGAUCUCGAGAACACAGAGACAGAGAGGAUAGACACCGAGAUAAAGAGGAGAGACAUAAAGAGGACAAAGCUAAAGAGAAAGGCGAAAGGCAAAGAGAAGAACGUCCCAAAGAGUCUUCUAAAAAGGGUGAAAGUGAUAAAAGUAGUACAAACACAAAAGACAAAGAGAGUCCAGAGUGUUCAAGUGUUGCAUGUGUUCCAGCUGAUAAAGAUCAGCAUGAAGAAAAAGAAAAUGCUUCACCUGAACUGAACCCAGACAGUGCAGACCAAAAAAAAUCUGUUGGUUUACAAAGACCAACUUCAGCUAAAGGUUCUAGAAGGAGAAGAGAAGCACAGAAUCAUACAACUUUUGGCAAGAGGGGUAAUGUGGUGGAGCAGGAAGACACUGAGAAUGAAGAAGAUGAAGAGUUUCAAAAACCAGCUGCUUCCACUGGUGGUGAUGGAGACUUACCGCCCCAAGUUGUAGCAGCGCGUCAACUAACCAGACCUUCAAGUGCUAGACCUGCCCCACCACGACCUAAACAAGAAGUUAUUGAAUCAGAACCAACAAUGAGGCUAGGCAGUGGUCAGCCAACUAAUUUGAUUGUUGACAAUGAGGAUGAUGAAGAUGAACAUUUUCUUGUAGAGGAGGCAUCAGCACCAUUAGCAGAACCAGAUUUUACAACUGUGAGCCAGCCUGAAGGAGAUGACAGUGAACAUGGUGCCUUGGUGAAGAAAAUGUUAGAGUCCAAGAAAGAUUUAGAAAGUGGAAACAAAAAUCAAAUUGGUACAGGAAAAAAAACUGAAAUUGAACGCCCAUCUGUAUCUGAUGCACAACGUAGAAAACAACGUGAACUAGUCCAGAAAGAAGUUGAAAAGCUUCGAGGUAGUAUUCAAAGUCUUACAAGGAGUGCUAAUCCACUAGGAAAGGUCAUGGAUUAUGUACAAGAAGAUUUGGAUUCUAUGCAACAAGAACUAGACAAAUGGAGAGAAGAAAAUGCCCAACAUGCACUAGAGCUGAAGCGUGAAAUGAAUGUUACAGAUAGAGCAGUUGAGCCUCUGAAACAACAGUUAACAGAACUAGAACGAGCUAUUAAAGAUCAACUGGACCAAAUUGCUGCCACCAAAGCUAACAUCAUCAAAAAUGACCAGAAAAUACAAAAAAUGCUGCAUGGAAUUUCAAGUUCUUGAAAACUAAUUGUUUCACUGAUUGUGUGGACAUUGAUUUUAAAGUAGAUCAUUGUUAUUAUUUAGAAAAACUGAACAAAUGAAUUUUAUCUAUUUGAUGUUCUUAAUGUAACAGAAAAUAAAAGCCAAGCUUGUGUACGUCUGAAUAAGCUAGCUAGCUUCAUACUGUGUGGGACAAACAUGGACUAGUUUGUUGACUUAGCUCUAGACACUGACACUUUUUCAGUAUGAAAUUGGGUCAAAUUGCUCUCAUUGCAUUGGAACUGGAAUCAUCUUUUUAUUGUCAAACUUUUAUUAGAACUUCAAUUUCAGAAUUGUAUGUCUGGAUUGUACAGAAAUAACUUGUCUUGAAUGAAAUAUGUAUUCUGUAUUUUUAAAGACCAUGUUCAAACAGAAGACCAACUCAACUUGAUUUGCUAAUAACUUGUCAGUAACUGUGAUAAAUGUAUAUAAUUAUAAAUAUGUCAUACAAAAUAAAAUUUAUCAUUUUGUUAUAAAUUCUCAAA